CUGCUUGUCAUACUGAUCUGCACGCUCUCUCAGCUGGACUUGGGGCUACUACUUACUGCAUCUGAAAGACUGAAACUCACUGGGAAUAAAGAAUCCUUGUAACAAUGCCGGAACCCACCAAGAAAGAUGAGACUGAAACUGAAACUGCACCACCUCCAGAACAAAAAACACCACAGGAGGAUGGAACUGGAAAGGGCAAAGUAUGGUCUCUUGGAGACGGAGCUCCAGAAGAGUCAGAAAAACGCGAUGACUCCCAAAGAUCCACUUUAUUUGUCGAAAAACCUCAGAGUGGUUCAGUGGCCGUUGGUGGGAAUAUUACAUUUAUAGCCAAAGUAGAAGCCAAAGAUCUUCUCCGAAAGCCAAACGUUAAGUGGUUUAAAGGAAAAUGGAUGGACCUGGCCAGUAAAGCAGGGAAGCACCUGCAGCUGAAAGAGUCCUUUGAGCGUCAUACCAAGAUUCACACAUUUGAGAUGCAUAUCAUUCAAGCUAAAGAAAACUAUGCAGGGAACUAUCGCUGUGAAGUAUCUUAUAAGGACAAGUUUGAUAGUUGCUCUUUUGACCUUGAAGUCACUGAAUCUUCCCAAGCUGCUCCAUCCAUUGACAUCAGAUCUGCUUUCAAAAGAAGCGGUGAUGGACAAGAGGAUGCAGGAGAACUUGACUUUAGUGGUCUCCUGAAACGUAGGGAGGUUAAACAGCAAGAGGAAGAACCUGAGAUAGAUGUGUGGGAGCUCCUGAAGAACGCGAAUCCCAGUGAAUAUGAGAAGAUUGCUUUUCAGUAUGGUAUCACUGACCUGAGAGGCAUGUUAAAGCGUCUGAAGCGCAUGCGCAGGGAAGUGAAGAAGAGUGCAGCUUUUGCCAAAGGUCUUGAUCCUGCAUAUCAGGUGGACAAAGGAGGUAAAGUAAGGUUCAUGGUGGAGCUAGCAGAUCCAACAGUGGAACUCAAGUGGUAUAAAAAUGGCCAAGAAAUACGACCCAGUGCAAAAUACAUUUUUGAGCACAAAGGUAACCAGCGAAUUUUAUUCAUCAAUAAUUGUACGAUGACAGAUGAUGCUCGCUAUUAUGUAACAGCUGGUGAUGAGAAAUGCUCCACAGAACUGUUUGUGAGAGAUCCCCCAAUCUUGGUGACCAAAGGCCUGGAGGAUACCAGUACCUAUGUUGGUGAACGAGUAGAACUGAGCUGUGAAGUGUCUGAGGAUGAUGCAAAUGUGAAAUGGUUUAGAAAUGGUGUAGAACUUCCCAAUGACCCUAAAUCUCGGUAUCGAAUCAAGGUUGAGGGUAAAAAACACACUUUGAUCAUAGAGGAAGCUGCAAAAAAUGACAAUGCAACUUACUCAGUAAUGACAACCGGAGGUCAAUCAGAAGCUAAGCUUUCAGUUGAAUUGAGACCACUGAAGAUAUCACUUGCACUAGAAGACCAGACUGUGAGGCUUGGACAGGAAAUCCACCUGAAGUGUGAGAUAUCUGAGAAUGUGCAAGGGAAAUGGUACAAAAAUGGGCAACUGGUUGAAGCUAGUGACCGUGUAAAGCUUUAUCACAAAGGAAGAAUCCACAGAUUUGUUAUAGCGAGUGCUGCUGUUGAUGAUGAGGGUGAAUACAUGUUUGUACCAGAUGCCUAUAAUAUUAAUAUUCCAUGCAAAGUACAUGUUGUGGAUCCUCCUAAACUCCAUCUGGAUGGUCUUGGGGAAAAUAACACUGUGACAGUAGUAGCAGGAAGCAAACUACGACUUGAGAUCCCCAUCACUGGCGAGCCAACUCCAAAAGUCAUGUGGAGUAAAGGGGACAAGAUGGUCACAGACAGUGGAAGAAUACGGGCAGAAACAUACCCAGACAGCAGCUGUCUGGUCAUUGAUACAGCUGAGAGGGAAGAUUCAGGUCCUUUCAGAAUAACGUUAAAGAAUGAGGCGGGAGAGGACACAGCUCUAAUCAACAUUAAAGUGGUUGAUGUCCCUGACCCUCCUCAGGCACCAAAUGUAACUGAAGUGGGUGAAGACUGCUGUGUUAUGACCUGGGAACCUCCAGCAAAUGAUGGUGGAUCACCCAUCUUAGGCUAUUUCAUUGAAAGGAAAAAGAAACAAAGCUCCAGGUGGAUGAGGUUGAACUUUGAGCUGUGUAAAGAAACAACUUUUGAGCCAAAGAAGAUGAUUGAAGGUGUUGCUUAUGAGGUCCGAGUAUUUGCUGUUAAUGCAAUAGGCAUUUCCAAACCAAGUAUGCCUUCGAAGUCCUUUGUUCCUUUAGCUGUUACCAGUCCACCAACUCUCCUGGCAGUGGACAGCGUGACUGACACCUCAGUUACGAUGAAAUGGAGGCCACCAGACCACAUUGGAGCAGCAGGGUUAGACGGCUAUGUUGUAGAGUACUGCUUUGAAGGAAAUGGAUUCUCACAAGGUAUAUCGACAGAUGGGUCUGAGGAAUUGAUGGAGCCACCUUUUAACCUGGAAGCUGAUGAAUGGAUCGUGGCUAACCCAGAGCUGACAGACAAAACGAAGUUUACUAUCAAUGGCCUGCCGACUGGCUCGAAAAUCCUUGUGAGAGUAAAAGCUGUGAAUGCUGCUGGUGAAAGUGAGCCCAGGUACCACCCACAGCCUAUUUUAGUCAAGGAAGUGAUAGAACCUCCAAAGAUUCGUCUACCAAGACACUUAAAACAAACCUAUACUCGAAGAGUUGGAGAAACUGUGAAUCUCGUUAUUCCUUUCCAGGGAAGACCAAGGGCAAAAGUAUCAUGGGAGAAAAAUGGUUCUCCAAUCGACAAGAACCAAAUCAACAUCCGUAACACUGAAAAUGACACUAUCAUCUUCAUCCGAAAGGCAGAAAGGAGCCACUCUGGAGAAUAUGACAUGAAAGUGGAAGUAGAGAACCUGGAGGACAAAGCUACAAUAGAUAUUCAGAUUGUUGAUCGCCCAGGCCCACCAGAGGUUGUAACUAUUGAGGACGUCUGGGGAGAGAAUGUAAAUUUAUCAUGGAAGCCACCCAAAGAUGAUGGCAAUGCUGCCAUUACUGGGUACACUAUUCAAAAAGCAGAUAAGAAGAGUAUGGAAUGGUUCACAGUAAUCGAGCAUUACCACCGCACCAGUGCCACCAUUAACGAGCUCAUCAUAGGAAAUGAGUACUACUUCCGGGUCUUCGCUGAAAACAUGUGCGGCCUCAGUGAGGAUGCCACCAUGACCAAAGAGAGCGCUUUGAUUGCAAAGGAUGGUAAAGUCUACAAAUACCCAGUUUAUGACGAUUUUGACUUCAGUGAACGGCCGUUGUUUACUCAGCCUCUAGUCAACACGUUUGCUGUAGCUGGUUACAACGCGACUUUGAACUGCAGUGUUCGGGGCAACCCCAAGCCCAAGAUAACCUGGCUGAAAAACAAAGUCAUUAUAAUGAAUGACCCAAGGUACCGAAUGUUCAGCAACCAAGGUGUCUGCACCUUGGAGAUCCGCAAGCCCAGUCCCUAUGAUGGAGGUACUUACACCUGCAAAGCAGUCAAUCAGCUCGGGGAGGCAGAAGUUGAUUGCAAACUGGAAGUAAAAGUUACACAGUAAGGAUUUUUGAAUGUAUAGUGUCAUCUAAGGUGGGCUUUCAUUCUUCAGACUAUUGAUGGAUGGAGUGCCUCCGCAUAUCAUUGAUUCAUAUAUGCGCGAAGUACAGGCGGACAAGACUGAGGGGAAGUGAGAGUCCGUCCACAGAAUUUCCUCCCACCGCACUGGAAAUUGGUAGCAGAAUUACAGCAUUUUAGUUCUUGCAAUGACAGAAGAAACGUGUGGUUGGGGAGUUUAUUUUUUUUUCCUUUUUUUUUUUUUUUGGUUCUUAUUUGUUGUUUUGUUUUCCCUACCUGCUCUUACUGAAAAGAAAGAAUACGCAUGGAUUGCUUUGGGGUUGAAAUGAAAUCAACUGAAGACAACACACAUUUUUGUAAUGUUCGGCUUUAUUUUCUGUUUGAUAUUGUGUUCUGUUUUUUAAUGAGGAAAGAGGAGAAGCUAUGUAAUUAACAAGAGGAGGCAGUCAGUUUGUACUGGGUUCAGAGCAUAACCCUUCUCAGACUGAAAGUACAUGGAUUAGCCAGUAGCUGUGCAAUAAGACCCUUGGAAUACAUACCUCUUUGAUAAUGUAUCUUACUCACCUGAGAAUUGUUAAACAGAAUAUGGUUUUACUGUAACGUAAUUAAUACAUAUGUACUUAAUGAUCAUUUAAGCUGAACAUAUCUUCCUUUAGAAGUUUGGAUUUCCUGAAUCUGACCCAUCAGUCUCUCAACUGAGCUGAAAUUGUUUUAUUUAAUGUACAAUAAAUAUGAAGUGUUUAAGAUCUA